UUACAAAAAUAGUAUGAAAUCAGUAUUACAGUAUUACAUACCAGUAUGCAUUACUGCAUACAUUAAAUGCACUCGAACUAGAUUAUUGCUAUUGAUAACACGCCCAAGUGAUGCAUCGCACAAAAACUAAUCCCAUACUCCAAAUAGACAAAUUCAUGCUAUUGCCAUACAUUCAUUAGUCUAACGCGGCUCGCGUAACGGUAAAAGGAAGUAAUAUCUGUAAGAAAACGCGAACUUGAGAGAAUUUUAAUGCCCGUACUAAAGUGGGGCAUCGCCGCUGCAGGGCGUAUAACGCAUGACUUUGUUACCGCACUAUCGACCAUUGAGGAAAAUCAGCACUCAGUUGUGGCUGUGGCUGACGUGGACGGAGCACGCGCUUUGGAGUUUGCCGAACGUUAUGAAAUACCGAAAUUUUACGAUGGUUUCGACGAUCUGUCACAGGAUGCCGAGGUCGAUGUAGUCUAUGUUGGCACACUAAGCCCUUACCGCUAUCGCGUGGUGCGUUUAAUGUUGGAACGAGGCAAACAUGUGUUGUGCGAAAAACCGUUAUGCUUGAGUUUAUGCCAAGCGGAGGAGUUGUAUCGUGUGGCAAAGGAGCGUAAUGUGUUUCUAAUGGAAGGCAUGUGGUCGCGCUGCUUUCCGAGUUAUGCCCGACUGCAGGAGCUUCUGCUCGCCGAUUGCAUUGGUGAAAUUACACACAUACAAGUGCAACAUGGUUACCACGCCAAUGUGCAGUGCACACUUGGAGGUUCCAUCACAUUGGAUAUUGGUCUGUAUGCCUUGCAAUUGGGUCAAUUCAUUUACGGCUGUGCGCCAGUGGGCAUCAAAUGCAAUGCUCAUUUGAAUGGUGAUGGCGUCGAUGUGGAAUGUGAAUUCGUCUUGGAUUAUGGUCAAAAUCGCAAAUUGGCUGCUUUCAUAUCGGGCUUGGAGAGUCUAGAAAACAGCGCUAAAUUAUUGGGCACCAAGGGUGAAAUCAAGCUCAGCAACUAUUGGUGCUGCACCUCACUCACGAAGCUCAGCAACAUCACAGAACUAUGGCCACUACCCACCGCAAAAUAUGAAUUCAAUUAUACAAAUGCCUGCGGACUCCGCUACGAGGCUGAGGAAGUGCGUAAGUGUAUAGAGAAGCGGCUGCUGGAAUGUUCGCUAUAUACGCAUGCGCAGAGUCUUGAGUUGCUACAAGUAGUCGAAGAGAUGCGCAAGCAAAUCGGUGUGGUCUAUGAUGAUAUAAUUUGUUUGGAUUUGUGAGAAGUUGGGGAAAAAUAAUAUUUAAACUAAAGAAUAAAAUAAACUAAUGACGUAUUGACAGCAAAA